AUGGACAGCUAUGUUGGCGCCUCUGUAUCGGAAACACUGCCCAAGCUUAUGUUCGGAUUCGAUCUACGUAUGCCCUGGGACCUAUUCCACAAUUCGUUCGCCACACAAGACCUAUCAUCCUGCCAGGAUGCCAUCGAGUACCUCAAAUACGCUGCUAUGCAAAUGAAAGGCUACUACGACCGGAGGCACCAACCCAAGUACUUUGCCGUCGGCGACAAAUUCCUGCUCCGUAUCGGCCGUGACUAUAACAUCUCUAUCAAUAACACUAUCUCGCAUAAACUAUACCAACAGUACGUAGGCCCCUUCACGGUAAUCGAACGUGUUGGUCAUCUACCAUACCGGCUACAGUUUCCACCGAGGUGGAAGAUUUAUCCAGUCAUUAGUGUCCAGAAUUUGGAGCCAGCGCUGUCGCCGGAGCCGUUCGAUGCGCCGACAACUAUUUAG